AUGAUCUGGAUUCUUUUGGGGCUCCCGGUAGUGUUGAUUGCCUCCGUUCUGGGGUCGAUGCUGUACAAUGUCUGCCUGCAUCCACUUCGCGCGUACCCAGGCCCCAAGUUGUGGGCUGCGUCCAGGUUGCCGUGGAUAUGGUAUUCGUGCAACGGCCAGGUCCAUACCAAGAUAUUGGAAUUGCACAAGAAGUUCGGAGGUAUUGUCCGAAUCGCUCCAAACGAGCUCUCCUACACCACGGGAGACGCUUGGAAGCAAAUUUAUGGACAUCGUUCACCGGAGAUGAUGAAAGAUCUGAGGGGGGCCGGUAUUCUCCCAACUUUCAAAGGGACCGAUUCGAUCAUUACGGCUGCUCAUAAAGAUCAUAUACGUAUGCGGCGAACUGUCGCCUAUGCUUUCUCCGAGAAAGCACUCCGAGAGCAAGAACAUCUCCUCCAAGGUUAUGUGGAUCUGAUGAUAUCCAGGCUAAAGGACAAGUGUUCGGAGUGUCCACAGAACCUGGUCAAUUGGUACAAUUGGUGCACCUUUGAUAUGAUGGGGGAUCUUACAUUCGCCGAGCCGUUUGGCUGCCUGAAGGAGGGUCAAUAUCAUAACUGGGUCCGCAUGAUCUUCGACGGUGUCAAGGCGUACCCCUGGGUUCAAGCCGCCGUUUAUUACAAUUUGAUCUGGUUUGUCAACUGGGUUACCCCCAAGCACCUCGCCGAGGCCAAACGGAAUGCUGAUGCCAAUGCUUACGCCAAACUCGACCGCCGGCUCGAGAAAAAGGACUUGAACCGUAAGGAUUUCAUGAGCUAUAUUUUGCGGCAUAAUGACGAAAAAGGCCUUUCUUUGCCCGAGAUGCAAGAAACCGCCGUCAUUUUGAUCAUAGCCGGGAGCGAAACCACCGCUACCUUCCUCUCGGGGGCUACAUAUUAUAUCCUGCGGCAUCCGGCAGUCUAUACGCGGCUGGUCAGGGAAAUCCGCCACCUUUUCUCGAACUAUGAGGACAUUACCAUGGUCAAGACAAACGAAUUGAAAUACCUACCCGCAAUCGUGGAGGAAACCUUUCGAAUUUAUCCCCCUUCGCCCAACGCAUUUCCUCGCAUUGUGCCGGGCAAGGGAGAAUGGAUCGAAGGGAGGUGGGUUCCAGGGAAUACGACGGUCGGAGUCAAUCAAUAUUCAGCAAGCCGCGAUCCCCGAAACUUUUUCGAGCCUGAAAAAUUCCUCCCCGAGCGUUGGUUACCGCAGUCAAUGCACGCGGGAGGCGAUCUUCCCGCAGAGAACUUUGCAGCAGAUCAGAAGCAGGUGGUGCAACCCUUUUCCUUUGGUCCUCGAAACUGUAUCGGCAGAAACCUCGCUUAUGCCGAACUUCAACUUAUCCUUUCGAAGCUGCUCUGGACCUUCGACCUUCAGCUAGCACCUGACUGUGACAACGGCACAUGGGCAACGAAGCAACCCACAUAUAUGCUCUGGGAGAAGCCGGAGUUGAAUGUCAUCCUUACACCUGUGAAGAGGUAA